CUCCGACGUUCUAUAAACUUACAUCUUCCAUUACUUGCAACGCAUUUCGAAAGCUUAGAAUUCUCCAAGUCUGAUCUCUGCACUACCUACUUAGAUGGCAACCUCAGCUACAAUGCAAUCCAUCUUGUCGAGCAAUUUGAGUACCCGUCUUACAAACAGGCCCAGGGUGAACCAGUUUCUUCCCAAUGCUAAUCAUGUGCUCCGUUUGCCGAGAAACACAUGCAUGAGGGUUCGCUGCAAGGCAAACGAGGAGCAGCAGGCCUCACCACCACGUUAUACACCACAGCCACCCAAGGUGAUCAGUACAAAGUUCUCCGACGUGCUGGCAUUCAGUGGACCGGCACCGGAGAGGAUCAACGGCAGGCUAGCGAUGAUCGGCUUCGUCGCGGCGAUGGCGGUGGAGGUAUCAAGGGGGCAGGAUCUGUUCGCGCAGAUAUCAGAUGGUGGGAUCCCAUGGUUCUUAGGAACCAGUAUUUUGCUGUCGUUUGCAUCUCUGAUUCCUCUGUUCAAAGGGGUGAGCGUGGAGUCGAAGUCGAAGGGGUUCAUGACCUCAGAUGCUGAGCUUUGGAAUGGGAGGUUCGCCAUGUUGGGUUUGGUUGCACUUGCCUUUACUGAGUUUGUUAAAGGUGGAGGAACGAUUGUGUAGGCCUUUUUUUCUCCACCCUUGAAUAAUACAAGUGAUGAUCCCAUGUAACUCUUUUCCUCUCUUUAUAUGGGAUCCCAUAUAUGUAAUUCUAGAAAGCAAGUAAUAAUUUUUAUAUAAAAUAAUUUA